UGGAAAUUGUAUGGGAAAAAGUUGGAGGACUUUGCGAAGCGUAAUACUCCCAAUACAUUUUCUGGAACCAAGAGACAAUCUGCAACAACCCAAAAACCUGAACCAUAUACUAGCACUCCAGCAGAAGUAAUUGGCAAGCAGAAAAUACAUCACGACUAGCCAAGAACUAUACAGUAAAUAAGAAGCAUGUCAGCCAUCAAACGAUUCUUUGAGAAAAAGAAACUUGAUGUAAAAUUCAAGAAAGCUGGAGGGGGUAAGAAAUUGACAGAUGAGUCUCGUCAGAUUAGCCCACGACCUUCCAAUAGUGCUGGAGGAGCAAAGCCCAUGGUUCAGACAGACGCACAGAGAGCUGCUGCCCAAGCUGCUCUUGCUCGUAUGGAACAGCCUAGGCAAGGAACAGCCAAGCCAUCUAUGAGAACACACAUACGUUCUGAGGUCGAGGCUGAAAUGAAAGCGAGGGAAAAGUCUAGCUCUUCAGCUACUCCAGAUCUUGGUCCCAAAGAGGUUAUUAAGGAUGCUGCACCAAUGAUAAGUUCAGUUAAAUUUAAAUGUCCUCUUGUUGGUGAUGUUGUUCUCCCAAAGGCUGAAAUGGAGACUUAUAUAGAAGACUUUCUAAUGAAACAACUAGUCGAAGAACCAACUAUGGCCUCAGCAUUGAUGAUACAUACUUUAAACAAAGAUAAAGAAAAGGUUAGAAUCGGGAUUGAAACUCUGUGCAAAUAUUUGGACAAUAUAAUAUCUCACCCGGGAGAGGAGAAAUAUUUGAAGAUAAGGAUAAACAACAAGGCAUUCCAGGAGAGGGUAAAUAGUCUUAAAGGAGUACAAGAGUUCCUCCAAGCAGGAGGAUUUGAAAUAAAGCGCCUACCAGGUCCAGGAGAAGAUGCUCCAGAGGAAAAAUUUUUCAUUAUGAACCCUGAACGUGGUAUGGACACAGAAGCAUUAAUGAACUUUAAAGAUUUGUUGUUUAUAGCUGAGCCAAUUAGGCCACAGCUAGAUAGAGACAUGAAAGUGUUCUAUCCCUCGCAGUAUGCCAACAGAAUUGAAGUUCCCCCAGAUUUCUAUGCUGUCUCUCAAGAGGAAAUCAAGCGUGAACAACAAGCGAGAACCGAAGCUGUUGAGAAGUUGGGAAUGUUGCGUACAAAAGCCAUGCGGGAGAGAGAUGAACAAAGGGAAUUACGUAAAUAUAGAUACACAUUGCUGCGUAUUCGAUUUCCCGAUGAUAUCAUACUCCAGGGCAUUUUUCGAGCUUUGGAUAAACUUCAGUCUGUCAUGGAGUUUAUCCGUGAGAAUCUGGAGAAUGAUUGGAUGCCAUUUAUGCUAAAUACAUCCACUGGACAAAAAUUGACAAAUGAAGAGUGCAAUCUGGCAGAGUUAGGCUUGGCUCCAGCAGCUGUGCUGAAUUUCACAUGGGAUGCAGCUGUGUUAGCAGAUGUUCAAAAGCAAGGUGUUAGACAAGUGAGACAUCUAAAUGAUGCUGCUCUUGCCAAAAUAGAAAAUCUGUAAAACGUUAACUUUUUGUUGAAGUUUUGACUUUGCUUAUUUGUUAAGAUUUUUAAAUUCAGUUUUCUUUGGUUUAUAUUGUGCAAUAUCUUGGAUGUUAAUAGCUCAAAGUGGUGAGGGCAAGGGUGACCAAGUCAUCUGGUCUGGUUAUUAUCAAGGUAACUUUGAUAUAAACUUACUGGUUGCUAAGUGAUACAAUGCUAGCAUGCUUGUUUAAAUUCCAUGUUAACAAAUUGAUAAAUUGUCAUAAAUUGACAAAUUCUUCAAUCCUAAAUUUAUUACAACACAAAUUCCUAAUGAUUGGUGAAAAGAACAAGCCUGAAUUGGAUACUUUUUGCUGUAUUUUCUUCCAAUUAGUGUAAUAAGAUUUCUUAUACAUAGAGACAAUUUGGAAAUUGGUCUAUAUGACUAUGUCUCACAUUUUC